CAGAUGCAGUGGCUCAAUAUGGCUUUAUUUCGGUCCAGGCUGAUGCAAGUGUCGUUGUUGACAAAUGCGUGUUUGAUUGCCUACCUUUCCCUCGAGCAAUUUUUUGUUCAUGAAUCUUGCAGUCAGAUUUUCACUCUGUCUCCAUCCCAUCACCACUGGAAUGAAGCUAAUUCAGGUAUCCAACUUCCCAGGAACACUGCACCCUAUUAUUUUGAACAGACUGAAUUCUCACAGCAGGUUUCACGCCCCAGGGACGAUACAACUGUUAACUCUAACAAGGUGCAGAUAAAACAGGAGGUAACCGAACAUCUGCAUGCGUCCGGCAUCUCAAAUGGUGCCCCUGAUCCUCCUCCGCUUUCCCUCGAGAAGAAAAUGUUUCCAGAUUUUCGUGGAUGUGCCUCUCGUCCGUCGUUGCCAAUCCAAAGCCAACACGGCGAGUACUGGAUUCUCGAGAAUUACAUUCCUGCCGAUCUGUCCUUCCGAUGCGAUGAAUCUAUCACUUACACCACGCACGGGGACUACACCCACCUCGACAACAUUGAAACCAUCACCUCCAGGUGGCAGGGUCCAGUGAGCAUUGGCCUAUAUGCUCCUGGAGGCGACUUCAACAUAACCACAUCAUCCAUCAUGUACCUCAGAGACUGCAGGACAGAGAGCAUCAGGAAAUAUGUGACUUUCCACCUUAUCUAUCACACAGAUCACAUCCCUGAGAAGAUACCGACGACGGAGGAGUUAAUGGGCCAAAAGAUGAACUGUAGUGUAGACCCGCCCAAUUGGAUGAACGUCACAUCGUAUCGACGUCAGAAGGGACUUGUAUACCCCAUCAAUGUUGCAAGGAACGUUGCCCGCAGGAUGGCAACCACAUACUUCGUCUUCCCUUCAGACAUCGAGCUUUACCCUUCCGUGAAUUUUAUUCCAGAAUUUCUCGAAAUGCUAAAGAAACCUGACGUGUCGAACACGACUCAGCCACGGGUGUAUGUGUUCCCCAUCUUCGAAGUGGAAGAAAGCUCGCUUCCACCCAAGACCAAAGAGGAACUCAUCAAGAUGCUUGACAGCAAACACGCAAUCCCAUUCCACGAGCGAGUCUGUAAACCCUGUCACAAUAUCCCCCAUUCCGAGGAGUGGCGGGUGGCCACAGUGAAGCCAGGGCUGUCGGUAUUGAACGUGAGCAGGCGUGAAGGUGCGUUUAAGCAUUGGGAGCCCUUUUACGUAGGGACACACCGUGAACCUCUGCAUGACGAACGCCUCUCGUGGGAGGGCAAGAGCAACAAGAUGACUCAGGCGUACAUCCUCUGCGUACGGGGCUACGAGUUCCAUAUCCUCGACAACGCCUUCCUGGUGCAUCGGCCGGGCAUCAAGAAGUAUCAUCGGUAUGACGCGUCUCGAGAAGCAAUCGUGGCCAAGCAGACUCGACUCCUCAAAGGCCAUAUUUUGCCCGAGUAUAAAGUGCUCUUCGGGACUAAAUCGGAAUGCGUACUCUAACCGCAAACUUUUCUUGCAGAGUGGUCACUCCAUUAUUAAACGAUUCUUGCUCAGAAGAGAUUGCAGUAAUUGUUUCAUUGAAAUGUAGACGGUGUUUUCGAGGAACUCUCUUAUUGUGAUGGAUAAAAUUUGCCAAAUAUCAUGCCCAAUGAUUUGACGGAAUCAUAUAAAUUUUCAAGUUUCAACAUCGAGUGCGUGCUUAUAUUUUAGCAAAAAUGCGAGAAACUUUUAAAGGUUCUGAAUAGUUGACGUCGUAUAGCAUAGUUAGUUUUUGAGGAAAAUAUAUUAAACUUUUCUUACAGAACUAUUCUUUACGUGAAAUUUUGAACAAGAAAUUCAAAUUUGUAUUAUGAUACGAACCAUAAAAAUAGUACAUUUCAACUUCUAAGUUUGUUGAAAAAACGUGGACGA